AAUAUUGACGAAAAAUUAGUUUAUAUGGAAGAUUUAGAAAAAAGAAAAGAAGUAUAUGGAAUAUGUGAAGAAUGUAACGAACCUGGUACAGGAAAAGGAUGGUGUAAACCUUGUAAUGCUAAGAGAUUUGAGAAAAAUUUUAAAAAUUGGACUAGUAGAAAAGAAGAUAUUGAUGAAUUAAUACAAGAUUCACAGCUUAAUGCUGUGCAUUCUACAAAAUGUCUCGAAUGGAUACCUUACGAAAAAUUUCAAAAUAUUACUCAUAUUAUUGAUGGAGGCUUUAGCAGAAUUUACUCAGCUACCUGGCAAGAAGGGUAUAUUUGUUAUUGGGAUAUUGAAAAACAUGAUUGGAAUAGGAUUCCUGAACAAGUCGCAUUAAAGGUUUUGGAUAUUUCUUCUGAAAAUACAAACUUUUUGAAUGAGGUAAUUAUAAAAUAUAAAGAUGAUUUUGUAUUCCAUUAUUUAAAUUAUUUUGAUCAAGUAAUUUUGUUUUAA